GCUCCCCAACUACAGCAGCGACCAGACUGUUGGGACAGUCAAAGGGCUUCAGCCACAUUCCACUGCCAGCCCCAGCGGAGGAAGCCAGGCCCAACUACCAGGUGCCCUGCCUGCAGCUCUGGCUCAUCCUGCCUAGUGCCAUGGCCUUCUCUGAGCUCAUGGACCGUGUGGGCAGCAAGGGCCCCUUCCAGUUCCUGAACCUGGUCUUGCUAGGCCUCCCAGUCCUCAACCUGGCCAACCACAACCUGCUGCAGAUCUUCACAGCUACCACGCCUGCCCACCACUGCCGCCAACCCCCCAACGCCUCCGAGGGGCCCUGGGUGCUUCCCAAGGACCGGAAUGGGAAGCCUGAGAUGUGCCUCCGUUUCAUACAUCUGCCCAAUGCCAGCCUGCCCAACAACACCCAGGGGGCCACCGAGCCAUGCCUGGAUGGCUGGGUCUAUGACCUCAGCACCACGAGCUCCAUCGUGACUGAGUGGGACUUGGUGUGCAGCUCCAACAAACUGAAGGAGGUGGCCCAGUCUCUCUUCAUGGCAGGCACACUGAUCGGGGGGAUCGUGCUGGGAGACCUGUCGGACAGGUUUGGCCGCAAGCCCAUCCUGACCUGUAGCUACCUGCUGUUGGCAGCCAGCGGUUCAAGUGCAGCCUUCAGCCCCAGCCUCUCCGUCUACAUGGUCUUCCGCUUCCUGUGUGGCUGGAGCAUCUCAGGGAUUGUCCUGAGCACUGCGAUCUUGAAUGUCGAAUGCGUGUCCAUCCAGACGCGGGCCAUCAUGUCAACUUUAAUGGGUUACUUCUAUACCGCUGGCCAGUUCCUUCUGCCUGGCCUGGCCUAUGCCAUCCCCCAGUGGCGCUGGCUACAGUUAACCGUGUCCAUUCCCUUCUUCGCCUUCUUCCUGUUGUCCUGGUGGAUACCAGAGUCCAUACGCUGGAUGGUCGUGUCUGGAAAAUUCUCAAAGGCCCUGAAAAUACUCCGGCGGGUGGCUACCCUCAAUGGCAAGAAGGAAGAAGGAGAGAAACUGAGCAUGGAGGAGCUCAAAUUCAGCAUGCAGAAGGAGAUCUCCUUGGCCAAGGCCAAGUAUAGCAUCGCUGACCUGUUCCGGACACCCACCCUGCGCCGUGUGACCUUCUGUCUUUCCCUGGCCUGGUUUUCCACUGGUUUUGCCUACUACAGUUUGGCUAUGGGUGUGGAAGAAUUUGGAGUGAACCUCUACUUCCUCCAGCUCAUCUUUGGGGGGGUCGACAUUCCAGCCAAGUUCAUCGCCGUCCUCUCUAUAAACCAUCUGGGCCGACACAUCACCCAAUCCUGUUCUCUCCUCCUGGCAGGAGGGUCGAUCUUGGCUCUCAUCUUUGUGCCCUCGGAUUUGCCAACCCUGAGGACAGUCCUGGCUGUGUUUGGGAAGGGCUGCCUGUCCAGCUCCUUCAGCUGCCUCUUCCUCUACACGAGCGAGCUAUACCCCACCGUCAUCCGGCAAACAGGUAUGGGCAUAAGCAACUUGUGGACUCGUGUAGGAAGCAUGGUGGCCCCACUGGUGAAAAUCACAGCAGACUUUCAGCCCUUCAUCCCUAAUGUUUUAUUUGGGACCAUCACCCUCCUUGGAGGCAGUGCUGCCCUGUUCCUGCCUGAGACCCUCAAUCGGCCCUUGCCAGAGACUAUCGAAGACAUAGAGACCUGGUCCUGGCAGACGAAGAAACCAAAGCAGGAACCAGAAGCAAAUAAAGCAUCCCAGAGGAUCCCUCUGCAUCCUUGUGGACCAGGCCCGGACCCCAGCUGAGGGCAACAGAGCCCCCUUUCUCUGCCCUCCAGAAACAAAUCCUAGCCAGGUCCUCGCCUGCCUCUGGGCUCUGAGGGCACCUUGGGGGCCGCUGAGCAGGUCCAUGCUCCAGUUCAAAGGUUCCAUCAUAGGCCUUUCUAUACCUUACCCUUGUCCUCUUCAUCCCUCAGCCCAGGCCUUGCCAUAGCCCUUCCCCACUGGCCACCUUUGUCCCACCCUCCUUCCCCAGGGGUUCCCCCUGGACUCCCUAACUCAGUCCUAACAAAGACAGCUUCUCCUUCUUGCUCCCCACCCUUUUCUUCAAUGGGAGGGUUCAAUAAAUGACAAUGAACUCAAGCCAUAAUGCUCAGGAAUGGGGGUGGCACAGAGAUGGGGACAGGCCACCAUGCAGACGUGUGCACUACAAAUCCAUCCACCAGUGCUGUGUGUAACACGCAGGUGUGGGCACACAGGUACAUACAAGCUGGGCUGAUGUGAACCUGUGUGCACAUGUGUGAGUGCCCUAGGUGCAUAUACACCAAGCCUGCUCAGGCUGCAACCACAACAUACCACAAGUGGAUCACUUAAACAACAAACAUUUCUUCCUCCCAGUUCUGGACGUGGGAAAUUCAAGAUCAAGAUGCUAGCAGACUCAGUUCCUAGUAGGAGCCCUCUUCCUGCCUUGCAGAUGGCCACCUUCUCAUUGUGUCCUCACUUGGUGGGAAGAGCAAGAGAGAAGCAAGGUUUCUGCUGUCUCUUCUUCUGAGAAAACUAAUUCCACAUGACACGCCACCCUCAUGACCUCAUCUAUGCCCAGUUACCUUCCAAAGGCCCCACCACCUCCAAUGACCAUCACACUGGAAGUUAGAGCACCAACAUAUAAAUUUAGGGGAGGAUGCAAUAUAGUCCAUAGCAAGUCUUAUGGUUGGAAAUACCCUGUGGGCACAUACAUGUCCCAGUGUGUGUGAGCAGAGGUCAGAACAAGCCCAGAGCAACUGCAGACAGAACCCUGGGCCUCUCUGGUCCCAAUCCACCGGCUCCCCCAGGUCUCUGAUCUACAUCCCAGGCCCAUGCCACUGGAUAGCUCUGUGUCCCAUUUAAGCGAGAAAACUUCAGUCAAAGCCAAAGGCUGCCAAUGUCACCCCAUGUUCCCCAAGUUCCUUCCAAUCCCGGCAGAGAGUCAGUCUCUCACUGGGACUCUGCAUCCAGCCCCUUGGGAAGGCAGCCUCUGCUUUCCCCCACAGGGCUCCACCCAUUCACUCUCUCCUGGCUCUUUCUCAUCACCAGUCAAAUAAGCUCCAGCCUCUCCUAUCUUAAUAAAAACCAACCAAACCCACCAGCCUUCCUUGGGGCCAUAUCUCCCACUAGGGGCUAUACUGUCUCUUUCUCCCCUUCUCAGCUAAACUUUGUACAAGAGCUGUGUCUCUCCCUGGCUUGCACCUUGGAACCUUGUACCUCUUCAGACUGCACUCCCACCGCUUCCCUGAGGGCUGUCACAGAUGGUACUCAGCACCCCCAGUGCUGAACCCACUGGUCAUUUUCAUCCUGCUUGUCACUUGGCGUUGCAACAGACUCAGAUCCUUUUGGCUGUGCCCUCUUUCCCUGGUUUCUGAGAUGCUCUGUGCAUGCAGGUCCCUCCCAUACUGUGGCUUCUCCUUCAGAGUCUCCUUGAGGGCUUCCUGUAAAUGCUACCAAAUACUGCUUGGCCUGUUCUGCCCCCACCCUUCCUCAAGGGUCAACAUCCCCAGAACCUGCUAACUGAACAAUUCUAUGACCUCUGGUCAUGGCUGACUGGACCCGAUGGCCCUCCUGAUCCCAUCAUUCAUAAUGUGUUCCUUCUUGGGCUGGGGAUCUGAGUUAUGGAGGUUCUGGUCCAUCCCUUGGUCCUUGUCCUGGGAAGGCAAGUUAGCAUGAUGGUGGGCCAGCCAGAUGUAAGUAGAUCAGAGAAAGCCGUUUGAAGAGAAAGAAAAAAGCAAAUGCACAGAGAAAAGGAUCCAAGAGACACAGGGGCCCAGAUGAAAAGACUCAGUGAGGGGUGCCUGGGUGGCUCAGUAGGUUAAGCGUCUGCCUUUGGCUCAGGUCAUGAUUCCAGGGUCCUGGAAUCAAGCCCCACAUCAGACUCCCU